AUGGACACUCCAAGCUUGAUAGGAUCAUUCUUUCCGGCUACAAAACAACGAGAACUGCUGCAAUCCUUGGUCGACACGGAAAAGUUUGGUGAGCUUUAUGAGGUACUGGGGCAAAUCGACUUUGAUACAUCAAUAUUAGCUGAAAUCGAGGAACUAACAACUUGCCGUGUGUUAAAAAUACUUGACAAGGGUUUACCUAUUCAAAACGCUGAAUUAAGCGCUGGAAUUGUCAAAUUAUUGACGCGGCUCGAUACUGCGUUUGCUGAAGUUCAGAGAUGGGCGUUGAGAAAAAUUCAGGCAAGCGAAUUAGAAAGCGCAACGUCGCUGGAAGUUCUGGAGACAUUAUACACGCUUCGGAAUGAUCAAGAGUCCCCGCAAGAACUACAACUGGCUCGACUUAUAGUAUCGCUAUUAGCCAGUGACAACGCGCGCAUUGCUAAGGCCAGCUCUCAAAUCGUAAAAUGGCAAAUCAGACCAAUUACUCGGUUAUGCAAGGAAAAUUCAGCCUUCGAUGAUUAUGUUUGGAAUCAAGUAUCUAUGUUACUGACCGCUGGUUCAACGGAAGGAAAGCUAAAAAACGGAUUACUUUUUGUGUUAAGAACACUCGCUCAAAGAAAUUACUACAGCUCCGAUUUCAUGUCGUUUCUGAAAACAGAUGCUUUCUGGAAUUGUCUACAGCGCGGUCUAGCCCAUGAAGUGCAUGAAAUUCGCAAAUACUCGCUUUCCAUUCUAAAAAUUAUUCUUCAAACCUUUCCUGCUCAGGAGUCCUUUUCCAACAGCUUCAUUGUCUGGAGCCCAAAAUCUCGCUCUAUUCUUUUGGCUACUUGGAAGAAAUUCACUACUCUUUACGAGAUAGUGGCUUUAGAUACCACUCUCAACCAGUUUGAGGCCGCAAGCGGCGACAUAUUGGAUUUACUUGGCAGUGAAUUCAUAAACUCUCAGUGGGUACUCAUCAUUUUCUCUACAGGACUUAGAGCAAACAUGGAAAGCGUCAGGCGCUACACCGUAAAAUUAAUGUUUCAAAUCAAGGACAAGUCUGUGUUUCAAGCCAGCGCACAAGAGCUUUGCUCAAUCAUUUUGCCUACCUUAAUGUAUGCACCUUACUUUAGUGUUGUUGGAAAUAAGUGUUCUCAUGGCGAGGCACUCUGCGAUUUUGUGGCCCAACUGAUCACACAUACUCAUGAGAGUCCAAAUUAUGAGAAAGUUACAGAUAUCGUAUCUUCCAUUCUGAAGUGCUUGUACCAACAACAGUCAGCUUUUGAUCCCCCUAAAAUUUAUAUCUGUUUUGGUCUCUAUAAAGCACUCAGUCAGUCAACUUACAAAUUGAACCAAGAUCAGGUCGAGUUGAUAGCUGUACUUUUUAAUGUACGUUCAGAGGAGAAAAUAUUCGAAACAACUAUCCAGACAUUGUAUUUGAAAUUAUUAAUGCAGAUCAAAGUUGACAUUUCAUUUUUCGCUUGGGUAAAUGCUUUAGUUAAGCAUGUUAAAGCCAGCAGUAGUGGUUAUGGUAUCAUUUCGCCUCUUAUAGAUGAUUUUAUGGAUGUUGCACUCGUUUGUUUUGAUAAAUCGAAAGUGAGCGAGGCAUGGUUAAAGAGUUCAAAUGAAGAUGCUAUAUCCGCGGUUUUGUGUUACCUCAUCUUCGGCUUCAAGCCCCAAACAAUCACGUCGGACUUUCUCAAAGAAUUAGCAAGAUCAGGCCAAGAGCUAAGCGAGUUCAAGGACCGUUAUGCGGAUUACUUAUUGAAUCUGAUAAAUUUCGAAGCACCAAAUUUUGAGUACGAGAACUCCUCUUGUUUGGCCACACUUCCAAUCUUUGACUCAAGAACCUGGAGUUCAGUCAAACUUGAUAUACUCUAUGACUCAUUAGGAGCCGACUUUGAUGCCGAAAAGUUCAAGUUUUUUGUUCGCUGUUACCAGCUAAUGACAAAUUACAGCACAUCCUUACUAUCACUCAAGCUAAAUGACUUACUAAAGCUUUACGAAUUUCUAAAGGCCCAUUGUGAGAAACAUUCGGGGCACUUUAGAUAUAAGGAUUCUAUCUACAGGGAUUAUUUUGCAUUUUUGCUGUCCUUCUUAAAAUCUUACGCUCUGCAAGGUAUUCAUGGCUCUAACGAAGGUGAAUUAGGCAAAAUUUUAAGUCUCAUGAGCAAAAACGUGCUACAAGACAAUGGAAAUUACGAGGGAAACCUUGCGGUUGCUCAACUAUGCCAGUACAUUUUGGAUACUUACUUACUUUCUCGUCUUCAGGAUACUGAGGGGACCAAUGAUAUAUCAGUUUGUGAUAAAAUUGUGCAAAUUUUGUGCGGAAUAUGGGACCCCAUGGCAAGAGAUAGGUUAAUCUUGAAUGAAAGAGAGCUCCAACUUCAGUUUAUCGAAACACUAUUUCAUCCAACUAUACUUUUCUUUGCCUCUGGUUCAGAAGGUUUGCCGUCACAACUUGCUGAGACUCUUUAUAAGUAUGGUGGCGAGAUUGUGGCACAAUCGGUCUCCAGGCGUACCUUUUUGCCAAGAUUGGGCCAAAAGAUAAACUUGUUCAUGGAGACAUUUGGACAAAGUUUACAAGGUCGAAACCACAACUACCGCUGGCUGAUGAACUUUAUGUUUCAAGUCUUUGUGCAAGGUCGGUCGAGCGUCAACUCCUACAAGCUAAAACCUAUAAUAGCAAGGUCCUUUGACGAACAAGUUGAUACUUAUCACAGUGCAUCUAGCGGGCUCUAUGAAAAAAUCUAUCAAACACCCGAAAUUUCUGGCCGUAUUUAUGUCAUAAGCGCCUUACUACAUGCGAGCGAUGAUUUCAAACAAGCUGUUUUCGUGGAGAUGAUAGAAAAUGAUACAAAUCUUUUGAAAGCGAAGAAGAGCACUGACGGGGCUGAAGAAUCGGAAAGGUUGCUCAAGUGGCAGCUUUUAAUGUUGCUACUUCCUUCUCUUGAUUCAUCCGUUUUGAGCAAGUAUUCCCUCGAGUUUAUCUUGCCAAGCAUUUUAAUUGAAGCCUCUCCUCUUGUCAGGGUAUAUGCCGAGUGGAUUGUCGCUAUUACUCUGUCGCGUACUUGCUUCAGGAAUACCUCGAGCGAAAUAGAAGACGCUCUGUUCGAACUUAUGGAGGAUCAUACUAAGCCUUCGCUUGCAGUUACGGCAACGCGAACACUAUAUGUUUCUCUGAAGGGAACUAUUGCCAAGGAACCUUGCAAAAGGUUUUUGCAAAAGUUUACUUCAAAGCUGGUACCCAACUGCGCGUCCAACAAGCCUUUGAUAAGGCAUUUCUCCAAUUCCUUGAUUCUAUCUUUCUGGCCUUCGCUCAAGGACUUUGUAGAAGAAGAAACUCUUGCUGAUGUGUUGGAAAAUCUUUACGUUAAUUCGCAAAAGUUGCAGGUCCAUGGCCAGUUCCGUUUAGGUGAUGCAGUAAUAUGGGAUCUUGAAAAAGAUUUGAAAUUGACAAGUAUAUUUGGUGGUGUUCUGAUGAAGAUUAGUGAUCACAGCGUGCCGUACAUCAAAAACUCCAUUUUCCAAAAGUACUUGACUUGUGUGGAUAAGCUACCAAUUGGCAGGGACGAAACUGAGUUAUGGCUAGCUAAAAGGACAAGCGGGAGCACUGCAACUGGUAUAGCGCUACAAAAAGAUUCUCCCCUUCAAACAAAGAGUGGUGCUUGGGAAACUGUUAUGAAUGUUGAUGACAAAACGCCCAGCGAAGCUGUGAAACGUACGCCGCUAAUUGUUGUGGCUUCACUGGUUGAUAAACCACCAAACUUAGGUGGCAUUUGCAGAUUAUGCGAUGUUCUGGGAGCUGGAUUAUUAACGGUACACGACAUCAGAGUCAAAAACCAUUCUCAGUUCAAGAGCGUUGCUGUCACAGCCGACCGAUGGAUGCCAAUGGAGGCAGUACCCAUAAAUGAAAUUACUAACUUCAUGAGAAUAAAAAAACGGGAUGGAUAUACUUUGAUUGGUUUGGAACAAACCGACAGGUCGAUUCUCCUGGAUAACAAAUAUCAAUUCCCCGCGAAAAGUCUGAUUUUACUAGGCACCGAGGCUCAGGGCAUACCUGGUCAUUUGCUGAGUGAGUUGGACUUAUGUCUUGAAAUCAAGCAAUCUGGCGUAAUUCGUUCCAUGAAUAUUCAGACAGCCACUGCGGUAAUUGUGCAUUCAUACUCAGCGCAACAUGUCUAA